CCAACCCUCAAGCUUACCUGAUUGAAUUAGCGGUAGUGGCAAAAACUUUGCCGUUUAAACCGUCAGGCCUCUCAUAACUGUGUGUCUUCACAAUCUAUGCUAAGAGAUGUAAGCAAGUGGAAUAUGGAAAAAGCCAAGGAAUUCCUCCAACUAAACAAAGAAGAGGCAGAGACCGUUUCGCGGCUCAAUAUUCAGCCUACCCGAGUCGGCUUCCAGUGCAGCUUCUACGAAGAUUUCGCCUUGCGUGGCAUCCGUGUCGACACCGGCCAGCCUGGCUUCGUUUCCUGCACCUUGAAAGUCCCUCCUCGCCUCACUGAUAAAAGUGGAAAUUUAGCAAAAGGUGCUGUUGCAAAUCUUGUCGAUGAAGUUGGAGCGGCUGUUGUUCAUGUCGAAGGUCUUCCUAUGAAUGUUUCAGUCGAUAUGUCCAUCUCCUUUCUCGGAACUGCUAAGCUCAAUGACGAGUUAGAGAUUACUUCAAAGGUUUUAGGACAAAGAGGAAGUUAUUCAGGUACAAUUGUUCUUGUCAGAAACAAAGCGACAGGGGAGUUAAUUGCUGAAGGUCGUCAUUCAUUGUUUGGUAAAAAAAGUAGCAAACUUUAGCUCCAUUCCAUGUUUGUGUAAGAAAAUCCUUUCUAGGCACUGAUGUUUUAGUACUGCUUUGUUGGAAGUAUCUUUAUGUGAUCUUUUACCUAAUAAAGAUUCUGUCCUGGUUUGUCAUUA